AUGCAGUCCCUCGGCCGCCCUCCCUUGCCCUAUCCCCUCUACCCGCAACGCCUCAAAAUCCUCGUCCCCCCUCAAACCCGAGCCCUUGGCCCCCGUUCUACCCCCCCCCAGUCGCGCUCGGAUUGUCAAGGGCGGCAGGCGAUCUCGGUGCUCGAGACCCACAAACGCACCGCAGGCGCCAAAGCAGGCGACGAGCCCCGCGCGAGGAACACCCACGCUGAGCUGGGGUCCUGCUCGCGGGCCGCGUGGCUGGCAGGACGUGAGCGGGGACCCCAACCUCACAUCACAGUGCUCGAGCGCCAGGGCGACGCGCGAGGGGGCCGACACUGGGAGCGCUGCGCGAUGAAGCGCCGGGGCGACGCAGGCGUCCGCGCGUGCACAAAGGAGCUCGAGGAGGAGCUACAGGACCUCGAGCGCGAGAUUCGCGCGCCUGGGCGCUCGAGAGCGGCUGCGCGCUGCAGCGAUGCACGACGCGGAGCACGAGUGCUAGCUGUGGACGCUGUUGUCUAUCUCGAACGGUGCGUAUUUUAA